AACAAACAGAGAGACAUGUCAGAAAAAGGAUUUUCAGUUUAUCAUAAUGCAAUCUCUGCAGCCGUAGCCGUACCAUGACUCGGAUGGUAAUACCAAGGUUUGAUAAGUGCCAACUGAGGGUUGCCAACUGUCCCGUAUUAGCUGGGAAGUCACUUAUAUUGGGCCCAGUACCGCCGCUCCCUAUAUGCAGAGUACGCAGUUUGCGUACGGCACUAACUCCCUGGGGGAAGGCAUUUGAUAUAAUACAUAAUGUACGUAAAUUGAUUGUUUACAUUAUGUAUUUUGACAGUGUUGUAAAAAAAAAAAAAUAAAUAACUUGCUUUUGUUACUUUCAUUGAAACAUUUAUUACUGCCUCAUUGUUAUUAUAUAGCCUAUGUAUUUUAAGUCAUUUUAAAGACUGUUGUUCACUUAGGUCUAUUUUUAUAAAAAAAUUAAAUAAAAAAAAAAACUAAUAUGGUAAUGCAUUUGUGGAGGGGGUUGGGGGGCACAACAAUACAGUUCUGCUUAGGGCACCGAUUUGGCCAGUUUGUGAAUAUUUUGAAUAAAAAGGAAAAAGAGAAUAAAAGCGAUGCAUCUGUCACACAACUUACGUGUAAAAAGGUUAAUAUUUUGGCUUUCUUCUUUAUUUAUGUUUGUCAUUCUUCAGAAAAAAAAAAGUUAACAAAAUCAAAAAUUCUGAAAUUUGGUUGACUUAACAUGAUCCAAAAUACGUUUAUGUGCGAGAACCUUUAGGCUACAUCUUUUGAAAGUGCCGUGACUUGUGGCCAAGUGUCCCAUACUCAGAAUUUCCUGCCAGUAUUGAGAUUCAAACCCACGACCUUCGGUGUACAAGUCCGACUCUCUAAUCAUUAGGCCACAACUGCUUUACACAGACUUAACCACAGAUACUGAAAUUACUGUGUGGCACAGUACAAAUAUUUUGAAUGUGUGCCUUAUUCUGUCCCUUACUUUCUUUUCCUGAAGUUGGCAACCAUAGCCAUAGUACUGAAUGAUUACCAUAUUCAUGUACUGUGGUAAGCCUAUUCCAUUCCAAAAAUACCAUGGUACUAUUACAUUUACAUUUCAUUAUUUAGCAACCCAAAGUGACUCACAGUACAGAGCCUGUAUUACGGAAACAUAUGCCUAUAACCUUUUUGGUCGUGAAUGACUCAAUCCCCCAAUAAUCUGGCAGGGGUCAAAAUAGACCCUUUUCACAUUUCCGGUUUCUCAGAAGCGGAAGUCAUCAUAGUUGGGUAAAAUAUUAUCCACAAGUUUCCUAUGCCCCAUGAGGCCUUGCGUCAAAAGUGGGAGUGUCUUCCGGUUAGAAGUAAACAAGCUGGACGUGACACUCAAUCAUUCAACAGUUGACAGUCAUUCUAGAUUUAGCGAUCCAAACUUGCGAACGUUUGGCUUUUACUUAAAGAUUUAAGAUUCCAGCAUCAAUAUCUGAACAAUGUUUUACAAUAAAAAAAAUGUUACAGUAACAGUAAUUUAUUAAUUUAUGUCAGGAGUGCACAUCAAUCAUGCUAAAUCUAACUGAUUACAUACACACAAAGGCUUACACAUUUAGAAAUAUAUUGAUAACAUACCCUAUGUUUACGUCACUUUUCUGAGCAUUUCUAUUAAUUUUCCUCUAAAUUAUGCGAUGAUUGCAAUCCGAGGACGUUUGUGCGAUCUCUCCCGUCUAUCUAUCCUGAUCCUUUCAGCCAGAGCAACAGAUGGAGCUCAUGAGAGGAAAACAGGAGUUAUGAGUUAUACGAGUUAACCGAAGUGUGUGAAUCUGUGAAAAAUAUGCGUAUGCAUUUGUCCGGUAUCAACAAAGGCACAGGGAAGAGACAGAUAAAACAUUAAACCAAAUAAAUACGCGAUUAUAAUCAUAUAAGAAUUGUCUACGUUCCUCAAGCGGUCUCUGGUAUUUUCCAUAAACGUAAGUAGCCUUUAGCAUCGCAUAUAUGACAGUGGAAACGCGACUGGCUCUGGCACGCACGACACCAGUAGGAGUAAAACAUCACAUCAUAAGGCUUUGGUGCUAGCAUCAGUGACAGGAUGCUCUUGUAGUCAUGCAGCAGCACUUUUGUGGAAGAAUUCCCAACUUGAUUCAUUCCAGAGACGAUAAUAUUUAGCAUUCAAUCUCUUUUGAGAAACUGGUAUAGACGUCCAGCGAAUAUGGGAAUGCAGAGGCUGCUCCAGUGUUUCUUUCUUGUGGGAACAGUAUUUGUCACAUUCUUCAUAAUAAUUUUCUGGGAUGAGAUGAGAGAUGGGACUUUUUCCCUACACACGGCUUCAUCACAAGAUCUCACACACCUCAAACUGCGUCAAGCGCAUCGUAGACAUGUUAUAAGAGAGCUUUGCUCGGCCAAUAGCAGCCUGAAUUUUACAGAGAAAUUAAUCACAUUUGACCAGAUUCCGAACAAAGCCUUGGAUCAUCUCAUUGUGGAUGAUCAUCAUGGUGUUAUUUACUGUUUUGUACCGAAGGUAGCAUGUACCAACUGGAAACGAGUAAUGAUUGUGCUCAGCCAGAACCUGAAGGCACCAAAUGGAACUCCAUAUCUGGAUCCUCUUGACGUACCACCAGCAUUAUCCCACAAUACUUCUCUGCAUCUGACGUUUAACAACUUUCGGAGCCUCUUUGGUAAUUUCUCAAGUCCUUUAAUGCAUCAAAAACUAAAGAAUUACACUAAGUUUCUUUUUGUACGGGAUCCUUUUGUACGACUUAUUUCUGCUUUCCGGGACAAGUUUGCUAGGCCAAAUAAGGAUUUCUACAGACACUUUGGGUCCACAAUGCUUCAGCGUUAUGCAAAUAUUUCAAACACCCCUGACUCUGCUCAAGAGGCCUUCACCGCAGGCAUCAGACUGUCCUUUACUCACUUUAUUCAGUACCUGUUAGAUCCACAGACUGAGAAGAAGAAUCCAUUCAAUGAACACUGGCAGCAGAUUUACAGACUCUGCCAUCCAUGUCAAAUUGACUAUGAUUUUGUUGGGAAGAUGGAAACUCUUGAUGAGGAUACAGAACAUUUGUUGAAGAUUCUUGGGCUGGAAAAAUAUAUUCACUUUCCCCCCGGGUACAAGGAUAGGACAUCAGUAGACUGGGAGCGAGACUGGUUUGCAAACAUUUCCAUAGCUGACAGGAGAAAACUGUACAAUCUUUAUGAAACAGACUUUAGAUUAUUUGAAUACGAGAAACCUGAGACACUUCUGGAUGAGUGAUGAGUAUGGCUAAUUGCUUUUGCAUUUCCUCAAUACCUCAUGCAAAUAGAAACAAGAGAAAUUAUGUUGAAUCCCAUGAAACCUGUCAAUAACAUAUCUCAGUUAUAUUUAAAUUUAAUGUAAGUGUAAGUUAUUAUUAUUAUUUUUUGCUACUUAUUCCAGAAAGUUGGUCCAAUAUCAAAAUGAAGCUGGCAAACAAGCAGGUUGAGGAUGCAUUGUCAAAGUUUUGCUAAAAAAACCUUAAUACUGUAUGUUUCAUCAUCCAGGGCUACAAAAGCAGUUUGGUUACAUACUUAAACAUUUUUGAGGCAUGAUGGAAUCUAUUUUUACUUUAUUUUUUAUUUUUUUGUGCUAAAUAAAUUUAGACUCCUGUUUUAUGAUCCUAAUCUUUUUUUUUUUCUCUAGAUAUCAUUCUUAACUUAUAACCUUCUUCCUUGAUAUUUUUCUAUGUGAUUAGGUCAAGCAACUGGUAAAAACUUUCACAGUGUGGAUUGAGUGAAUUUGUUUGCACAAUUAUGGAUAUGAAUUGGGUAUUUGAAUUAGGCCUAAAGGCUGUUUGAUGAUUUAUAAAAUAUGAAUGAUACAUAUUUGUGUUUUUUACCUUUUAAGUCACCGGGCUUAUAUUUAAUACAGUAGUUCAUAGUUUAAUAAUUAAAGGCAAUUAAAGCUUUUUUAAAUGUGUUGACACAUGUUGGGUCCAACUGGUAUUAUUACUUCUAAUACAUAUACUCUCUCUGUAUAUGUAUUAUGUAUUAUAAACAAAAGCAUAGAAGCAUCAUAUUUUGUUACCAAAAUCUGCUGGUGUCCGAAGUAGGCUUGAGAUUUCGGUAUAUGGAGAUAAAGAUUCAUGAUUCUUCAGUAGUAUAACAACACACUGAGUGUAUAUUAGCACAGUUUAUUGUUUGCUUCUGGCAUCUGAUAGAGCUUUUGGACCUGGAAACAGUGACGUCAGAUGUUUUUUUUUUAAAUUAGUGCUGUCAAGAUUAUUGCCAUUUUUUUUUUUUUUUUUACAUUGAUUUAUUACAUUGAACAUAUUUGUGUUUCCAUGCUUUUUGUUGAGAUGUCUUUUCUUGUAUAGCCUAUUGUAUUUAAAUGGUUUAUUCAUGUUGCUUAUGAAUUAUAACAUUUUUUCUAUGUAUUCAUUGUUAUUUAGCCCAUUACUAGCUUUUUUCCAAGUGCAUGCAAGUGUAUGUAUUAAAAUGUAUCUAUAAUAUGCAAUAAACAAUUCUUAUUUUG